AUGGAGAGCUUUCCUGAAGAGUUUACACUAAUCAAGUCAGGAAAGACCAUCCCGACAAGCAGCAGAUUGCUUACCCUUGCUCCCGAAUACGAUGAGUCUUCUGACCUGAUCCGAGUUGGAGGAAGUGGAGAGGCCAACCAGUGGUCCCGAGAAUGGCAGAUUCGACCUGCCUUCUUUUCAACAGGGGUGGAUUGCUUCGGCCCUAUGCUCAUCAAAAUAGGCAGACGAACUGAAAAAAGAUGUGGCAUCCUGUACAAGUGUCUUACCACAAGGGCAGUCCACCUCGACUUGCUGGCGAAUAUGGACUCUAAUUCCUUUCUAAUGUCCCUCAGACGCUUCAUAGCUCGUAGGGGAAAGCCCUUCAAGCUUUUAUCCGAUCAAGGCACCAACUUCAAAGGAGGAAGUAGGGAGCUGCAUGAAGCAUUCAAUACCCUGGAGCCUGCCCUCAGAGAUCUGCUAGCAGCAGAACAGAUCCGCUUCCGCUUCAAUCCACCCGGAGCUCCCCACUUUGGUGGGUCGUGGGAAAGAGAGGUGCGAUCUGUGAAGACAGCCCUCCGAACCACACUAGGAGCUCAGACUGUGCCCGAGGAAGUGUUGAUGACUGUCUUGAUUGAGGUGGAGAGCAUCCUCAACUCUAGGCCCCUGGGCUAUGUCUCCACGGACAUUGCAGACCCGGAUCCUGUUACACCCAACUUCUUGUUGAUGGGGCGGCCGGACUCCUCCCUGCCACAAGUCGUCUACCCAGAGACAGAACUGCUUAGUCGCAAAAGGUGGAGACAUACUCAAGUCCUGGCUGAUCAUUUCUGGAGGCACUUCAUACAGCAUUUCUUGCCUACCUUGCAAGCACGACAGAAAUGGAAUAUUGAUGAAGAGGACAUCACCAUUGGGACGGUAGUUCUCAUUGUAGAUCAGCAGGCUCCAAGGGCUCUGUGGCAGGUAGGAACCGUGAAGACUGUCAUACCUGGAGUAGACGGCCGUUGGACUGCGUUCAAUAAUUUAAUUAUACUAAACUCCUGCUUUCCCCCGUGA